UACAUUCAGGCGGACAGAUACAACUAAACAGUAAUUACUCUUAGGGCUAUUUAGAGUAGGAACUCCCGACUCCACGUUUCCCCCUCACAGCUCCCCAAUCUACAACAAUCCCAAAACCCACUUUACCCGACAACCCAAUAUCCCACCGUAACACAAGCAGCACCACCACGUAUGUCCACCCGAGCUUCUUACGACAGACAGUUCUGUCUACCAUGGCUCCGGUAGGUCGUACAUUCCCUGUUCCGUGGCGUUGGUGGUCCGAAAGAGGGAAGUGAUGUUCGGUGAUGGUUGGAGGUGAGGUUGGUGAGAUUGCACGGCAUACAUCACGAGGGGUUUCUGGAACGGAGUGGAGAAAAACGUGGGGAUGGGGGAGAGGAGAAGCGUGUCAUGGGGUGCUGAUGGGGCAUUGCUUAUGUUGUACAAGAUUUGUGGGAGAGAUUGUUGAUGGGUGUGGGUUGGGUGCAUGGUGUGUGGUGGGAGGGAAAUGUUGUGUGACAGAGCUGAACGUACGUUCAACUAUGGUUCAAGUAGAACAUCGAAAGGAUAUCUACAUAUCGCUACAAAACACAACAAGAUCUCUAAACCCGUCUUCUAGGCUGUCUACAUGUAAGGUAAAUGUAACGUACGCUAUCUCAAUACUCCAUCUUCUUUACCCGCGCACAGCACCUCAUCUACCGCUAUUCCAGACUCAACCACAUAUCUACCCCUUCCAAUCUAUCAAUUCAAACAUCAGCUCCACGCUUACAUCUACUCCAUGUGGCGUCCCUCACCCCCUCUCUCCCCUCCUGACGCCUCAAUCAAUUGGACACAACCCCACCAGCCAGGCUGAAAUGCUCACGAGGGGUUUAAUGUGGUCGGGCGUUCACGAUAUGCCCUCCCCUCGCAAAUCCAUGUCCAUGUCCACCACCCCGCUCAAUCAACCCCCCAAAAAGCAACCAAGCAAAAAACCCAAAACGCCACAAACCCCAGCUGAACACCCGCGGGAUUUUCUCACCAAAAAAGCUUGGACGUUGCUUGGACGAUGCUUGACAGUUCGGUUUCGCUCUUACGCGCCGCAUGCGGGCGAAAUGGGGAAAUGCUUGUGCGUGCUUGUUCAGCUUUUGUGUGGCGUGUGCGGGAUGCUUGAAUGGGAAGGGUAGGGUAGGGUAGGGGAGCGGGAGGGCGGGUAGACGGCAUGGGGUUGGAGG